AUGGUGACCCACGAGGAGCAACAACACCGUACUUUUGAAAACAUACAACCCACGACCACAUGCACACACACAGCAGCACCACCGAAAAAUGGCGUGGUCACGCUACCAGCAUUGGAUGAAGAUGGAAUUGUCGCACCUGGUCAAAUUAUUCACAAUCAUGAUAUCUAUGUGAACAAGCAAACUCCCAUGAACACUUCAAAAGGUAUUGGUAGGCCAUUGACAGACAGGUGCUACAAGGACUCCCCUGCCAUUUACAAAGGUGUUGAUGGUGAGACUACUGUCGUAGAUCGUGUAAUGCUGUGCCCAGAUACAAAUGAUAAGUUGUCCAUUAAGUGUAUUAUUCGUCACACUAGAAGGCCAGAGAUAUGA